AUGGACAACGAAGAAUUCCGAGUCCUGCUCAAGACGCUGGACUCGUUCAACUCGUACGGAGAAGACUCCAAACGACACUUGGUGGACCCCCGGGUGGACAUUUUCCACGGCCGAGCUCGCAACGACAUUGCUCUGACUGCAAAACACAAAGAGCUGCUGCAAGAGCUGGGAUACAAGGACCAUUUGCAAAAGGUGACGCAGGCGAUUGACUCGAAUCAGGCCUUUUUCGAUCUCGUUCUGGCCUACUCAGCCCAACAUUUCAUCCCCUCGGAAGACGACAAGAAUGGAGAUGCAGUCUCGCCCAUCAAAGACGAACACAACUCGAUAAAGGCAUACCUAGAAGAGACGCUGGGCAAGUACGCGCAAGGGUACCAUGCCAUGAACAUGGACAGAGACAAGGUGCGGUCGAUUCUCAAACAGGUGGCCAGAGAAUGGACGGCAGAAGGAGCAUAUGAACGGCAGAUAAUCAACAAACCGAUAUUCGAGUGGCUGGAAAAGCUGUACCCCGACAAGGAUGCUCGCAAAGACAUUCGGAUCGUGUGUCCAGGUUGCGGACUAGGCCGGUUGCCGUUUGACCUGUGCACAGAGCUCGGAUUCCAGGCCCAAGGAAACGAGUUUUCGUUCCACAUGCUCCUUGUGUCGAAUUUCAUCAUCAACAUCAUGCAGCAGCCCAACUGUCUGGCUGUGCAUCCGUUUGUCAACUCCUUCUCCAAUGUCAAAUCGCGUGACAUCCAGAUACGACCAGUGAUUGUGCCCGAUCUCGCUGCUUCUCAACUUUUGUCUGAAAGCGACUUGUUUUCCAUGACCUCGGGUUCGUUUGAACACGUGUACCCUCUAGACUCAUACAAGGCAAACUGUGUGGUCACUUGUUUCUUCAUCGACACUGCCAACAACAUCUUCCGGUAUUUGGAGACGAUUGCAGACAUGCUCUCGGCUGGAGAACACUGGAUCAAUAUAGGCCCUUUGCUGUGGCACUUUGAAGAUGACGCUAACAACAUUGAGUUGAGUGUCGACGAGUUGAAGCUGGUCAUCCCCAAGUUCGGCUUCGAGAUUGUUCAUUGGGAAAGCAUUGAGGGGGUUCCUUAUUCUUCUGAUCUUGAGAGAAUGGGAGGUUACAGAUACGACGUCGAGUUUUGGGUCGCCAAGAAGGUGUAA